AUGAAGUGAAAAGUGACAUGACAACAAAAACUGACAAGCGUAUUUUGUGAGCGUAUUUGUUUGUGACGUGGAGUAGAAUUUCGUGUUCUGUUUUAAUUAUAUUACAUUAAGUCUCUCCUCAAAGUUAAUUUAUAUCUCUAAAACAAUGAGUGGUUUUAAAAGAGAUAAGAAGGAGGAAGAAGAUGGUGGUGGAAAUCCAUUUCAAAACAUUGAGAAAACAAUAGUUUUACAAGAAGCUCGCAUUUUUAAUGAAACAUCAGUUAAUCCAAGAAAAUGCACACCUAUUCUUACAAAAUUACUGUACAUGCUCAAUCAAGGUGAACAAUUAAGUGCUAAGGAAGCCACUGACGUCUUCUUUGCAAUGACAAAACUAUUUCAAUCUAAAGAUGUUAUACUUAGACGAUUAGUAUAUUUGGGUAUUAAAGAAUUAAGCUCUAUUGCUGACGAUGUCAUUAUAGUAACAUCUAGUCUUACAAAAGAUAUGACAGGGAAAGAAGAUCUAUACAGGGCAGCAGCUAUUAGAGCACUUUGUAGUAUUACUGAUGCAACUAUGUUACAAGCCAUAGAGAGGUAUAUGAAACAAGCAAUUGUGGACCGCAAUCCAGCUGUGAGUUCUGCAGCUUUAGUUAGUUCACUUCAUAUGACUAAAAUUGCACCAGAAGUUGUAAAAAGAUGGGUAAAUGAAGCACAAGAAGCUGUUAAUAGUGACAAUAUUAUGGUUCAAUUUCAUGCUUUGGGUCUUUUAUAUCAUAUUAGAAAAAGUGACAGAUUAGCAGUAACUAAAUUGGUCGCUAGAUUAACAAGAACAAUGUCAUCGAAAUCACCAUAUGCUGUUUGUAUGUUGAUUCGUAUAGCAGCAAAAUUGAUAGAAGAGGAAGGUGCUGAUAGUAAUUCGCCAUAUUUUGACUAUAUUGAGGCAUGUUUCCGUCAUAAAUCAGAAAUGGUAGUUUAUGAAGCAGCAUAUGCUGUUGUAAAUCUCAAUCGUACCACAAACAGAGAAUUAGCUCAGGCUAUUAGUGUUUUACAGCUAUUUUGUGGAUCACCUAAACCUACACUAAGGUUUGCUGCAGUAAGAACACUAAAUCAAGUUGCUAUAUCCCAUCCAGCUGCUGUUACAGCUUGUAAUUUGGAUUUGGAGAAUUUAAUAACAGAUUCAAAUAGGUCUAUAGCAACACUUGCCAUUACAACUCUGUUAAAAACAGGUGCGGAGUCUUCUGUUGACCGUCUUAUGAAACAAAUUGCGACAUUUGUAUCAGAAAUAAGUGAUGAGUUUAAAGUUGUAGUAGUGCAAGCUAUUAGAGCCCUAGCUUUAAAAUUCCCAAGAAAACAUAGUGUGUUGAUGAACUUUUUAUCUGCUAUGCUAAGAGAUGAGGGAGGUCUGGAAUACAAAGCCUCUAUUGCAGACACUAUAAUUACCAUUAUAGAAGAUAAUCCAGAAGCAAAAGAAACAGGUCUUGCUCACUUAUGUGAAUUUAUUGAGGAUUGUGAACACGUAUCGCUUGCUGUCAGAAUUUUACAUCUAUUGGGAAAAGAAGGUCCCAAAACAAAACAGCCAUCGAGAUACAUACGGUUCAUUUAUAAUCGUGUUAUUUUGGAAUGUCCCUCAAUCAGAGCUGCAGCUGUGUCAGCUAUGGCUCAAUUUGGAGCUUCUUGUCCUGAUCUGUUGGAAAAUAUCCAAGUUUUACUUGCUCGGUGUCAAAUGGAUUCUGACGAUGAAGUUCGAGAUCGUGCCACUUAUUAUAGCAGUAUUUUGAAUAGACAAGAUAAAAGCUUAUACAACAAUUAUAUCUUAGAAACACUACAAGUAUCUGUUCCUGCCUUAGAGAGGACACUUAAAGAAUACACUAACUCAAAUACUGAACAGCCAUUUGAUAUCAAAACUAUUCCAGUAAGUGUAGUUAGUAAACCGGAUGAUCACGAAGUAAAACAAAAAACGGAAGGCAUGUUAAUUAGCUCUGGUCCUGCAAAGAUUACUCCAUCUAGAGAAGAAAACUUUGCCACAAAACUUAAUUCACUUCCAGGCAUCCAAAUCCUUGGCCCUCUAUUUAGAAGUUCAGAAAUUGUUGAAUUAACCGAGUCAGAAACCGAGUAUGUUGUCAGAUGUGUUAAACAUUGCUACACACACCAUAUGGUAUUACAAUUUGACUGUCUAAAUACUUUGAAUGAUCAAUUGCUUGAAAAUGUUAGGGUACAAUUAGAUACAAGUGAAGGGUAUGAAAUAAUAAGUGAUAUACCUUGUCCAAAAUUGCCAUAUAAUGAAACAGGAACAGCAUAUGUUAUAGUUAAAUUUCCAGAUGGAGAUUUACCAAACAGUAUUGCCACUUUUGGUGCUGUUUUAAAAUUUGUUGUUAAAGAUUGUGAUCCUGCUACAGGUUUGCCUGAUAUUGAUGAAGGAUAUGAUGAUGAGUACAUGCUUGAAGACUUAGAAAUAACUCUUGGUGAUCAAAUACAAAAAGUCAGUAGGGCAAAUUGGGGAUCGGCCUGGGAAGAAGCAGAAUCAACGUUUUAUGAAAUGGAAGAUACAUAUUCAUUAAGUUCUAUGAACACUUUAGAAGAAGCUGUUAUUAAUAUUAUCAAAUUUUUGGGAUUACAACCUGCCGAAAGGAGUGAUAAAGUACCCAAGGGGAAAACUACACAUACUUUACUUCUCGCAGGUAUUUUUCGUGGCGGUAUAGAUAUUUUAGUUAGAGCUAAACUUGCUCUAGCUGAUGGAGUUACUAUGCAGUUAACUGUAAGGUCAACAGAUGAGAGUAUUGCUGAACUUAUUACAUCUGUAGUUGGAUGAAGAAGGCUAAUGCUAUUUUUAACUGUACAAUUCAUUACUUAGAAAAUUAUAUUUAAAUAAUUUAUGUUUCUUAACCAAAAGGAAGUCAUAUAAAAUACCUACAUAUUUAUAA